AGUUCCAAUUUCAAAUCAAUGCCCUAAAAUCAAGAAUUUCAAAGCCAUAAAUGAAGCUUUUGUAAUGAAUUUAUGAUUUGUCGGUUUCCGAUUAACAUCACAUCAGCAGAGCACUUCCACACGUCUCAACGUUGGCGGCGGCGGCAGCAGCAGAAGCAUAAUGACGAAUCAGAGUAUGGCUUAUCGUCAUUCUGUGGCGGUGCACGCAUUUCAAUGAAUGUAACAAGUCAUAAAAUAGAGCAGAUGAAGAAAGAGAACCAAACGAGGCGAUGUUUGAUGAUAAAUUCGAGGCUGAUGCUUGUUCACACUAAAUUUUUUAUAUCCACUUAUCCAAAAUUCCUGACAGAGCCUUGACCUUGGAUGAUGUAUGUGCUUUCCUUUUGACUAUAAUCCAUAAAUGGGGCCUUCAGCUAGGAGCUAGGGCUGUCUUCCAAGGGCGUUUAUACCUUGCCUCUUCUCAAUGCGGACGUGAAAAAUGAUCUUCUGGGUUAUUGUAAGAUAUCAUAGGCUGAAGGAAGGUGACAUGUGAAAAAGAAACGGAAGUAAAAGAAAAGAAGACAAUCUUGGGGACGGCUCCUGUGGACUAUAGCAGGAAACCAAGUUUGUUAUUGUCAUUACCAUCAUGAGUAAUGAUGAUGAAAGCUCUGUGUCAUAUACUCAACCCAUUGGAAGAUGGUCAAUAUUCUGUUUUGGCUUGGGGCAUAUGCUCAAUGACAUUACUGCUGCCUGCUGGUUUACUUAUCUGCUACUUUUCUUGACAGAUAUUGGAUUAUCUCCGGGGAAUGCUGCUACAGUUAUGCUUUCGGGUCAAGUAGCUGAUGGAGUAAUGACAAUUUUUGCUGGUGAACUGAUAGACCGGUUCGGACAUUUCAAAAUAUGGCAUGGUGCAGGAUCUGUGUUGGUGGCAGUUUCAUUUUCUUCUGUUUUUGGUGGUUGCUUACCGUGCAUAUUUUAUUCCAGAAGUUCAUCAACCUUGCGAACUGUAGGCUACAGCUUUUUUGCAGCAAUCUUUAAUGUUGGUUGGGCUGCCACUCAGGUUUCCCAUAUGUCUAUGGUAAAUUGUAUUACAUUGAACUCAACUAGUAGAGUGGCAUUGGCUAGCUGCCGCAAUGCUUUUAAUAUGGUUGCAAAUCUUAGUCUGUAUGCAGUGGCUUUGUUAGUGUUCAGUAUCUCGAAGGCAAAAUCACAUGCAGAUAUCGAACAUCAGUACCGACUGAUAGCAUAUAUUUCAAUUUUCAUUGGCUGCUGCUUUGUGGUCAUAUUUCUAGUAGGGACCAAGGAGCCAAGUUUGAAGGUUGCUGUACAGGGAAAUCGACAUGCAAGGAUCUCAUGGUCAUAUUGGUUCAAGAAAGUUUUAUAUUAUCAAGUUGCUCUUGCUUAUGUACUUACGAGACUGAUAAUCAAUGUUUCGCAGGCAUUUCUGGCAUAUUAUGUUAUUAACGAUCUGCAUAUGGCACAGUCAGCUACAGCUUUGGUUCCUGCAAUAAUCUAUGUCUUCAGCUUCAUCAUAUCUGUGAUUCUCCAGGAGGUUGUUUGGACUGGCCAACGCCUGAAGAUCUAUUAUUCUGCUGGAGGCAUUAUUUGGAUGUUUUGUGGUGCAGUGAUUCUCAUUUUACCUUCAAGCUUGAGUGCUUUUAUGUAUGUCAUGUCCACGCUUAUUGGCGUAGCAAAUGCUUUAAUGAUGGUGACUGGAGUGAGUAUGCAAAGUGUUCUAGUUGGAAGGGAUCUGAAUGGUUGUGCAUUUGUUUGCGGUUCAUUAAGCUUCCUUGACAAAAUCUUAUGUGGGCUUGCGCUAUACUUUCUGGAAUCAUUUCAAAGUAAUACCGCGUUACAUGUUUCGGAAAACACACCUCUCAAUGCCACCUAUGUUUCGGUUACAAGAUAUGGUCUAGGACUUGUGCCAGCAGUUUGUGCGUUUCUUGGAGUAGCCAUUACAAUUAGCAUGGACCUUCGUGCCCCUUAUGCCAAAUACUUGACAGAGUCGCUACUGGAAUAAUGGUAGAACCGUUAGCCUCCAAUCAGAAGAUCUGUGUAUAGACCAAUUCCAAUCCGCUAUUGUCAACAUCAAUUCUACAUUUGAAGAACAACAAAAAAGUAGCUGCAAACGAAUUACGUACAUGACAGAAGAUCAAGUUGACGAAACUAAUUGAUCCAGGCACAUUCCUUUCAUCGCCAAAGCGACUUACUGAUGUAUAUCACAGGUAUCAUUCAUUUGUUCGAAAAAUUACUCAUCCAGUUAGUGUCAAUUGCUCACUGAAAAUGGAUGGAUUGUCUAUCUGUUCGUCCCCAAGGGCUUUUCUAAGAUUAGGUUUGAUUCUGGUUAUUGACUUUGGUUAAUUUUUUACUGCCUCCAGUUGUAGAAUGUUAAUUUCAAGGCAACAAUUUCAUGAACUAUUCUUCAACCAAUCUCGGUUGGUUUGUAUUCUAGAACACUCAGACUAGUAAGAAACAAAAAUUCUCUCUCUCUCUA